CCUCGCUCGGGCUCCGUUACAUCCCGGUCUGCCCUCUGCGCAUGCGCACUGCCGCUGUCCGCGCUCGUGAGGAUCCUGCGGGAGUGUUAGCUGUGUAAUGGCGGCUUCGGUGUUGCUCUCCGCGGAAAGCGCCGUGCCCUCUUUUACCGUCGGCCAUCCCGCCGGAGCGGCGGCGGCGGGAACUACUCCUCACGGAUUAUCCAAUGCUCCCGGACCCGCGUCCUGGAACCGCUCGCUGGACCGGGCGCUGGACGAGGCGGCGGCCACCGGAACGCUCACCCUGAGCGGCAGGAAGCUGAAGGAGUUCCCGCGGAGCGCCGCCGGACACGACCUGACCGACACCACCCGGGCCGAUCUAUCACGAAACAGGUUGACGGAGCUGCCGGUGGAGGUGUGCAUGUUUGUGUCGCUGGAGAAUUUGAACCUGUACCAGAACUGCCUGCGUUCACUACCAGAGAGUCUGAUCAACCUACAGUCCCUCACCUACCUAAACAUCAGUCGCAACCAGUUGUCCACUCUCCCUGCUCAUCUGUGCCGACUGCCGCUCAAAGUUCUGAUCGCCUGCAAUAACAAGCUGGUGUCGCUGCCGGAGGAUCUGGGCAAACUCAGACAGCUCACUGAACUGGAUGUCAGCUGUAAUGAGAUCCAGACGCUUCCUCCACAGAUCGGUCAGCUGGAAGCUCUGCGUGACCUCAACAUCCGCAGAAACCACCUCGUUCGUCUGCCUCCUGAGUUGGCUGAGCUGCCGUUGGUCCGGCUCGAUUUUUCCUGUAAUAAGGUAACGACAAUCCCAGUAUGCUACCGCAAUCUCAGACACCUCCAGAGCAUCAUUCUGGACAACAAUCCUCUCCAGAGCCCACCUGCACAGAUCUGUAUAAAGGGAAAGAUCCAUAUAUUUAAAUAUCUCAACAUGGAGGCGUGUAAAGCAGCAUCAGACCUUCCAGACUACGACAGAAGACCACUGCCCUACGGAUCCUAUGCAGAGGAUUUGUAUUCCGGCCGGCCGUACGGAGCUCUGGACUCUGGCUUUAACAGUGUGGACAGCGGAGACAAGAGGUGGUCGGGAAAUGAGCCUUCAGAUGAGUUGUCAGACUUGCCAUUGAGAGUGGCGGAGAUCACCAGAGAGCAAAGACAGAGACGAGAUCGAGAAAGAGAGCGCGAGGAUCAUCGGACGGGGUCUCACGUGACCAAUGGCACAUUGGAAGCAGAGCUUGAACAGAUAGACUUCAUUGACAGCUGUACGGGGGAUGAUGAGGGGGAGGAUGGGCGGAGCCGUAGAGGCUUGGAGCCUGUCAGCCUCAGCUCACAGUUUAUGGCCUACAUUGAAAGACGAAUCACCAGAGAGGGUUCACCUGUGAAGACCAGCCCAUCCAGAGAAUUAAGAACCGAUGAUCCGAGACACCAAACCUCCUUACAUAACCGUGGUGGGUCAGAUACAGCGGUCAUAUCUUCAUACACUCAUAACCAGCGGUCUGCUGGUAUGGCGUCAGGUUCUGGUGGCGGUGUGGAGAGAGUGAGAAGAGAAGCUCAGCUGGCGGCACUGCGGUACGAGGAAGAGAGACAGAAAACAAGACCAGUGCAAAGAGACGCUGUUAUGAAUUACGUCAAGCACAAGUCAUCUCGGAGCCCUACGAAGCUCAGUCCAACAGACAGUGAGAAUCUGUACCCCUCCAGACGGUCCACUCACACAGAUGACUCCGCCCUCUUCAUGAGUGAGUUUGAGCCCCUACUGAUAUUUGAGAUAGACACAGAUACCAACACUAUAAAGAAGAGGCCAGACCCUCACAAACAGUCUCUCUCUGCUGUGCCGCUGGAUGGGUGUGUGUGUCCCACUUUAUCCGUCGCCGUCUCCUGUACGCCGCAGCAAGGUGAAGAUUAUGCCUCUCUGUCACCCUCCGCCCUCCAAUCCCCCACGUACCCCAGCCCCGCUGCCCCGUCCCCUUCCCGCGGCCCCAACCAGAGACCUGAGAGUUACCUGUUUCGCCUGAGUCAGCGAGAGGAGAAGAAAAAAGGAGAAUCAGGCACACAGAAGGCGGAGCCAGUGGAAGCCUCUCCCACACCGAGUCCCGCCCCAACAGGAGAAGAGGUGGUCCUGAUAGAGCAGCUGAGAAGGAGCCAGCUGUGUCUCCCUCUGCACAUCCUGGAAGAGAGAGGUUUGCCUCAGGUGGCCGGGACGGUUCGUGCCCUCCUGGAUCUGGCCCCUCCGAAACACACGCCCUCCCCCAGCACGACCCGGACCGGGCCCAGCACUGCCUCCCCCCUCGCGCUGUAG